UUAAGUUUGAGUAAUGGACAGAGAUAUGUUUUGGAUAUCUCAGUACCACACUAAGGAUACUUUUCUCUGUCCGCCCCUUUUAUUUACAGUUGUCCCUGGUUACACAAUGUUUCUAAAAAUGUGGGAGUAAAUGUGCUGCAAAGUAAGCAUUUAAUAAUGAACAAUUUGUGAAUAGCUGAAGGUCAAGGCGGCAUCAAACGAGCUCCUUCUGAUAAGGAUGGAUCCUUCUCAGGAGUUCCCACGAUUCAUUUUCGGAGAAUACGUCACCCCCACAUCCACACCUGCUGAUAGCGGAAACACGGUCAUAGAACACAGAAGAAAACAUUGUGUACUGUGUAGUAAAGCUAAAGAAAAGAGAGAAGUUAGGAAAACUCUUAUAUGAUAAAAAUACUCUAAUAUAAUGUAUAAAAAGAUGUCAAAGAGUUUAUAUUUGUAGUAUAAACUCUUACAUAAGAAUAUGAGGAAUAAUGAUAACUUCUAUAUACAUUUAUGCACAUUAUUCUAACACUUACUCAUCCUCCAAUCAGCUCUCCUCACUCUACCCUUAAAAUCAUAUCAGUCUGUGUUCAUCUGUUGUCAAAAUCUUAGUGCUGUUAUUUAUAAAAGAUGGAUGCAGAGUAAAAUAAACCAAAAGUCACUCGCAGUGUUGAUAUUUUCAAACCCUGCUCCCGUCUGCUGUCACUCACAGGUUGUUAUUUACAGGUGUCUGAAUGGUCGGUGGGUGUAUCUGCUUUCCAAUCGCAUAUUUACAUGAUAAUUAGUUGAAGUGGUACGUCAGCCUCGUUGAGUAGCAGUGACGCUUUUAUGCAAAUGAAGUUCAGGAGGAGUUUAGUCGUAUUCGCAUUCAGCCGCAGGAUUCUGGAAACGGACAAAAGCGUCAAAACCAGACUCAUGUUCGGUUCAGAAAGUGAAAUACAAAACAGAAAUUUGUUGGUGUAACAGUAACAAAGGAGUGAGUAACAAACUGAAUUCUGGAUUUGGUGUUUCUCCUCCUAAAUACGAAACGUUUGGAUGAUUUAAUCUUGAGUGUGAUACUUCAGCUGUGGAGAUGGACAUGUCCUGAGUGAGGGCGGUUCUGCCUUUUUCCUGGCAGUCCUUGCAGGUUUGGAUCAGUCACCGAACGAGACAGGAACAGACUACAGACGUUGAUUGAUGUGUGCAGAACAGACGGGAUCUCUGAGGAGUAGAAUUAGAUCAGCAGCUCCUCAGGCAGGUUGAACUUCCUGAGCUGCUGCACAGAGUACAUCUUCUUCUGGCCAUUUUUGAUCAUUACGCUGAUGUCGCACGCCCACUUUGACAGAAACUGCAGCACCGUGUCGACGGCUGUAAAGAGGGACGGUGAAGUGUACAGUGAGGAGUCGGCUCGGCUGCAGGUAGUCAUGAUACAUCUCUAAUUCGUAUGAGAACUCGAGGAGAAGAUUUUCUCAGACCUCCUUUGAUAAUCCUCUCCUUGGAUGAGCUGAAUGCUGCAGAUGAAUGUUGAAAUAACCCGAGAAUAGAGGUACAGUCAGCGUCUGAGAGUGUGUGUGUGUGUGUGUGUGUGUGUGUCUCUUGGCUGCAGGGCUGUGCCACCCACUGAUCCUCUCCCCCUCCCCUCAAAACCAUCAGCAAGCAGCUCUUUGAUCAACUUGUCAAGUGUCUGGCACCAACAAACCCACCGCUUACAACACCCCGGCACUUGGGACCAAACAUGUGUUCCUGUGCCAGCGUAGAGACGGUGUUUUUAUUUCCCAGGGUGCAGAAAAACGGGUCCCCAAGCCCGGGGAACACCGUCGUCAAACCGAUACUCCAGGAUGGAUGGAUUCAGGUUUUAGGCUUCACUCUUUUCCUUCGACUAAAGUAUCUGAAUGAUCCAGGUUAUUCCCUGUCAGUCAGCUGGUUAAACUCAGGAGAAACAUCUUUCAAAGCCGAUCGGACCUUUUUGUUUCGUGUCUCUGUGGUCCGAGAGUUCCUGAAAUUACCCGGAUGAGCUGUUAGUAUGAGCAGAAACAUCCCGACCUCAUCUGGAACAUUUCCUGCUCGUCCCUCAGUGUCAUUGGAGGCUAAAGUCUGGAUGAGUGUCGAUGGGAGUGCAGGCUGGGUAUGUUGAUGUUUAUCACAUGACCAGUGUCCGUCCAGCUUCUUGGACGCCAUGAUAAGCUUCGUGAAACCGCCCCACGCCUGCCUUUGACAGGGGAGACGGUCAGGUUAGUGUUUCCCUUAGCUAUUUCGCUUUGGCGAAGAUGAGCCAGCGCUGUUUUCAGGGCUGGGAGAGAUGCCAGCAUCCAUAAGAGACCGCGCGAAUACAGAUAUUUUCAACUGGGGUGCUGAACGUUCGGGGACAGUUUGGUUCUCCAUGACCAGAUUUUUAUUGUUUUGUUGGUGGCAAACGUGAUGGAAAGGAGCCAGAACCCCGCGUGGUCAAAACCAUCCUGCGCAAAUCUGGCAGGGUAUAAGCGGCAAGCGCUUGCGACCAGAAUCAGUGGUGCUGACAUGUCGCGCCGCGUAGUUUAGAGGCGCGGCAUGUCAGCACGCAUGUUUGUUGUGAGAUAAAGAGGAGCGAGCGGAGAGAUACAUUUUUCUUGAAAGUAAUGAAAUGAUUGGGAGCUUUAGAGUUUGAAAUUGUGCAAAUUAUACUUUUGUAGGCCAUUUUUAUAAAAAAUAAAACAUUUAUCUAUGACUUAAGUUUCUGGGUUGGGAUCUCGUUUUCAGGGCGAGGGUAUCCCUGCAGGUGAAGUUUGGAGGAAUUUCUUAUCAUGCAUGUCAAGAUUGAGAACAACUUUGAUUGCUCUGUCGUCUAUCCUGUAGACCUACGGUGUAGCCUACCUGUCGCUGCUGCACUAAGUCUUCUAGAUAACAUGCAAAUUGAUGUGCUAUUUUCAAAGUUUUCAGGUGUUUCUGUAGGUUUAGAUGUUUUUCACCUUUUUCUAAUCUGGACACCCUGUUAUAAAGAAAAGCUCCAUCCACACGUGACUCUGAUUUCACUUGAAAAUAUUAAAACGCAUAAUUUAGACAAAGGGUUUACAAAAGUCUCACCUGAGCCACACCUGCGCGUCGUAUUGACUCCUCUUGCGUUAAAAUAAACAGUUUUUAUCAGGUUGUCUCGCUGUCGUGAACACUCGGUUUUUUUAAUGGCUGCUCGGUGUGACUCUCCGCUUUAAGGACACACAUUUUCAUUAUUCUGAGACAGAUUUACAGAGGCGUUAAAAUGCCGAGGAUCCCACUGCAUCAUCCACACCAGAAAUCAGGCCGCAAACCUCUCGAGCAUAAACCGAUAAAUCUGUGCACGGUUGGAGCGAGGCAUAAUUUCUUCACUCUGCGGAUCAAUGAAGCAAAUCUUGAUCUGAAAGUUGUUCUUCGCAGAGUUAGUUUGUUUACAGAGCGUCAGAGGCCACCCGGACGAAUUAUUUUAGAUCCUCUGGGGACAAAGCUGCUCUUCUACAUGCCUCAGUGAGCCAAAGCUCUCUGCGGAUUAACCUCUGAAACCAGGACCCCUCUACUUUAUGAAGUAUGUGCUUUAAAACUCAGACAGGCAGAAAAUGAUUUAAAAAUAUCCGUAUGAAGAACAAACAAACAAACGAACCCAAAACGCUUUGAGUCAGCUGUUCAUGUUGACUGUGCCGCUGUGUUCCAGUUUGUGCUCACGUCUCUUCUUCUGUUCUUGUCCGUCCUCCCGCAGUUUACCAAAGGUUGUAAAGAGACGUGUGAACGCCCUCAAGAACCUGCAGGUCAAAUGUGCGCACAUCGAGGCCAAGUUCUACGAAGAAGUACACGAGCUGGAGAGAAAGUACGCCGCCCUCUACCAGCCCCUCUUCGACAAAGUACGUCUGUGUCUUUGUUGUCGUCUUUGUGAAAUCGCAUUUCUGUUGUUUCUGUGCAGUUUUUUUUCUUCAUGUAGGAGAUUUCAGUGCAGCAUGAAACAAAACCUUUUUAAAGAUUCGUCCUCUACUGUACGUCACGUGUCAUUUAUGCAUCCUUCCUCAUUCUGAUUCCCUGAGCGGGCGGCCAUUUUUAAGCUCUCAUGUGCCGCUUUAAUGCACCCAAAACAGUCUCUCUCUCUCUCUCUCUCUCUCUCUCCCUCCCUCCCUCCAACCCCAGCAUUUUAAAUCAACUCAUGUAAAGCAGACGUCUCUGUUCACACAUGCUCUGUAGCUGUAAAAUUUGUUUAAUUGAUUGGAUCCAGGAAUGUUUCUUAUUGCAGAUCGACCCGUCGUUAGAAUAUCCCAUUAAUUAGAUGAUUCCUAGAGAGGCAGCACACACCCCUGCUGCUUCCACUUUUCAAAACAAUCUCAAUUCAAGAGGCUCUAGAAAUGUUUCUGCUAAUGCUAAGUCACUCCCUCUUUUGCAUUCUCCCAGACGUUUUCCUCAGUUUAAUCUUAUGGAGCUAUCAUGCGAUACUUCCGCUUCUUUUCUCAUUUCAAAAUAAAAGCACGUCUUUCAAAAUAAGGCAAAAAACAGCUGCAUUUACAAGCGGUUUAGUGGAUGAAGGUAAGGCUCAGGAAUGUCCAAGUUUUAAAAAAAUAAACACUUGUAUAUGUUCAAACCAUAGACUGUAUAUAGGAUAGACGCCGUCUGCCUCCUCUCUGGGUGAAGCCACUCCGAGAACAGCACCCUCUGUUGACGGGCUGCAGUACAGGUCAUAAAUCCCGCCUCCGCCAGCAAAGCUUAUGGAGAUGUGGACAAACUUUAGAAAUUUAUUACACAGAACAUUUUUUCUCCCCCCUGCUUGUGAUGUUGACAUGUAGUUACUGUCAGACUGGUUUGUGCUCAAGUCCUCUUUUUCUGUGAAGCUCCGUUUUUAAAAGUUAUUAGGGGGUUCAUGUUUUCUAUGAUUGACACUUGAUACAGCCAAUGGGCGUUCAGGGAUUGCGUAGCUCACCCGGGGGGAUACGCUGUUUGAGCUGAGCGUCAUCACAGCGACUCUCCCGCGGAAUGCGUACAUCGCUACUGCGCAACGCUGGUAUCAGGAAACGAAGAAAAAUCCCGUAAAUACCGAGAGCUUUUUGGCUUCAAAUCUGUAUACUGGCGGGAGGCGGAACCAAGUUGUUCAUAGUAUAUACAGUCUAUUGUUAAAGUACAAACGUGCAAAUUAUUCACACAUUUUUAAAAAAAAAUUUAUUGACACAAAAAUAUAAAGUUUUACUGCUAAUGAAUGUCGCUUCCAAAUAUCAGUUAUCGAUUUCCUCGAUUACUAAUAAUCGAUAUCAGACAAAAAAAAGAAACAUAUUUGUCGAUCCUUACUAGAAGUUGUCCUCAGUUUAGGACGGCUGACGUCAGUGAUCGGGGUGAGAUAAAUCGAUUAAAAAUGAUCCGAUCUGAUAGUUGAGAUCAGGGUUGAGUUUUCUGAUUCAAAUAUUGAAGAAACUGCAUCGGUAAGAAUCAACUCAGAGUGACGAAAUAAAACUUUCAGAUGCCUGGGUCAGUUUCAUAUGUCGAGUCAUGACUUUCUCCAAAGUGAUCAAUCGCCAGUGAAUCUUGAUGCACCCGUCGAGGAGUGGAUUAACCUGUUUUAAAAUCUGUGUACACUGGUGACCCGUCUGCAGCACCGAAGCUUUUUUUGUUGUCAUGUAAACAAACUCACCCGUCACCUGAGAAACUCGACGCCCGACCGGAGUCACAUUUAGUCCUAGAAAACUUUUUAAAUAAUGAUCUUUUUCUCUUGUUUUUGCAGAGAAGCGACAUAGUGAAAGCAGCGUACGAGCCCACAGAUGAGGAGUGUGAAUGGAAGGCAGAUGAAGAGGAAGAGCUGACAGUAAGUAAGCAGGUACAGGUGACGUAUACACCUGCAUGCUUCCCGUCUGACUCCUCACUUUCCUCUUCCUUCUCUCAGAUUUCAUGCAUGUUUCUUUUUAGUUUCAGCUCCUAAAUAUCAUGUAACUCAUUCAGACACGGGUUCAAGCUCUUUCCAUCACUGUCACAGACUUUAGAUUGACUAUCGGGUGGAUUUUCAGUUUUAUUUUUCCUCCUGUUUAAUCCCAAAUCCUCCGUCCCGUCUUUGUGGGUCUGCAUGGUGAAAAGCUCUGGUGAUGUGUGCGGAGAGAAACUGUGGAGCAAGCGUUAUUUUGAAGAGAAAAUGUCUCCCCCUGAACAGGAUGAGAUGAAGGAGAAGGCCAAGCUAGAGGAGGAGAAGAAAGACGAGGAGAAGGAAGAUCCCAAAGGCAUCCCCGAGUUCUGGUUAACGGUUUUCAAAAACGUGGACCUGCUCAGCGACAUGCUGCAGGUCGGUGGAAAAUAGGUCACACACAUAAACGGCGUUUGCUCACAGAGAUGAAAAAUCAGGGUUUGCCUCCACCUGCUGGUGAAAAGAGGAACAGUCGUUUUCUAAUCAUGUUCUCUUUUUUUCCUCAGGAACACGAUGAACCCAUCCUUAAACAUUUACAAGAUAUUAAAGUAAAAUUCUCAGAUCCAGGACAGCCGAUGGUGAGUCUGCAAAAACCACUCUCCAUGUUAAAUCGGUGAAAUCGGUCCCACUCCCUCCCUAACUCUUGUGGUCUUCUCCUCCUCAGAGCUUCACGUUAGAGUUCCACUUUGAGCCCAACGACUUCUUCACAAACACAGUGUUGACGAAAACCUACAAGAUGAGGUCAGAGCCCGACGAGAGCGACCCCUUCUCCUUUGACGGACCAGAGAUCAUGUCCUGCACAGGGUGGGUGCUCCUUGUACCUUUGAGGAAGGGACUGAAGAUUAUUUACCCGUCUGAAUCGUCUUUUCUCUUAUUUAACCCUCGUUCCUGUCAAUUUUGAGCUCUAUCCAGCCUACUUUGUCCCCAAAACAGACAUGCAGAGAAUCGUACAUAAAAAAAUUUCUUAACUGUUUUCUUUUACUUUUUUCGACUCAUUCCUCUUAAACAACUUCAGCCCUAACUAUUAAGAAAGUAAUUCGCAAAAAACUUGAUGUAUCACCCUUUUCAUGCCAGUUUUUUUGCGCUAUGUUAUAAGACUUGUAUUUAUUAAUAAAGUGUGCUUUCUAUACAGGUGUGUCUGUCGGAGCAGUAAAACUCGCCAAUUUCACCUCCUUUUCUCGAGCGUCGUCCUCAGCCUUGUUCCUCGUCCCUGUUCAUAACAAAUUAAUUAUAAAUAUAGACAAAUAAAUUCAGAACAUAUAUAUAAAAGAUGAGAAUCAUUUAUAAGUGUUUAUCCACCUCUAUCCAAGAUAUGACCACGAUCACGCUGAUUGCGCUCAUAUAAAAAAUAACUGCACAUUUGAGAUGUGAUAUCUUCCCAUGUAAUGAUCUGAAGGACCUGUUCAUCCUCAUGCAUGUCCAUCCACCAGCUCUGAAGUGAGGGCAAAGGUGAAAUCGUCCAAAUGUCCCCCUCUCUUUGUCCAACACUGCGCCUCAAACACUCUCAGUCCAUGAUUGAAGACUUAUAUGCCAGCUCAAUCUGUUGUAUCGCUGUGGGAAAGUCAAAUUUAGAGCCCUGCUGAUCGACUGCCUGCAAGAAGAAGGUUGUAAUAAGUUGUUUUGGUGCCAUAAACACACAGUCAAAUAAUGCGUUUUUAAUGGAAGUCUAUUCCAAGGGGUGGAUGGAGCUAAAAUGCGGCGACGGAGAACUACAGGUGACAUUUUUUUUUUUUAUAAUAUGAAGAAAAAUAAGAUCUCUCACUAAAUUUGACGCCCCAAUCUUUAAAAGUGUGACUCUCAGCUCAAAAUAAAGACGACAAAAAUGACAAAUGUCCUCAAAACGGACAUAUAAGGAACGGAGGGUUAAUCACUUCGUUGUCCUGCUGUUAAAGAUCAGAAAUGGUCUCAUUCAGCGUAAAUCUGUCAGGACGGGGUCAAAGUUGAACACACCUUUCCGUCCCAUCUGUCACAUUUUGAUAAUCUCUCCCUGCAUCAUCAUUAAUAAACCCUCUUCAGUAUCUCGCCUGCUUUUUUCCCUCUGAAUCAUCUCUGAGUGGAAAUCGAUGACCUUUUCUGCUGCUCUCUUCAUAAAUAAACCCGAGCUGUCAUUUAAAAUGUUCGAAAACUGACCUCGCUCUCUUUCUCUCACCGCCGCCGCCCCCUCAUGUUUCACAACAGUUGCACGAUCGACUGGACGAAGGGCAAGAACGUCACGUUGAAAACAAUCAAGAAGAAGCAGAAGCACAAGGGCCGUGGCACAGUGAGGACGGUCACCAAAACGGUCCCCAACGACUCCUUCUUCAACUUCUUCACCCCGCCAGAGGGUGAGGGCGAUCAAACCACAGUCAUUCAUUCAUUCAUUCAUUCAUCCAAACAGCUGUCUGUGUCUGUCACACUAACCCCAAUUAUCUCCUCUUGUUUACAGUUCCAGAAAACGGAGAGUUGGUAAGUCACUGCGCUUUCAAACAUGCAUUUCAAUCUUUAAUUAGCUCAUUAAUUAGUCAAAGGAAGCAAACGUUUCGCUCCCUCGGUUAUCUUUCACUUGUUUGUUUGCAGCUGUUGGUUUUAUCCUGCAAAGUUUUCACUCCGACACACUUUCACUCUUCGUACUUGGACAAGUCUGAUCAGUCUGACUCGACGUGUAACGAACCGCGAGGAGCAAAAAAAUGAACCUGAGGAUGAAAUCAUUUUGUUUUCUUCUGUUUGGUCCCACGUAAACCGUCUUGUUGUCCUCCUGAAUACUCGCUACAGGACCACAAUGAUUUUUGCGUAUUCAAAUAGUCGUUAACAUUCAGAAAAAUCUAAUAGUUAAUGCGACGAUGGUUUUGUUUCUUAAAAAAAAAAAAGUUUCCGGCACCUUCAAAUAACGGGGUAACACUAAAAGUCGCUCCAGUUAACGCUGCAAAUCAUACAAACAGCAGAAACAUGCAGGGACUCAAAACAGAAAUGAAGUGCAGUGCAAACUCUGCAAGGUCACGAAUCGACAAGUAUGCACAGACAUUUGAGAGCGAGGCACGCAGCAGAACGUGGGGCGCUGUCCGCACAUCAGCAGUCAAAGGCGAGCUUCGUCACCCGAAGACUUAAGUUUGAUUGACGCCCACAGCAAAUAACGAUCUUUUAAUGAUGUUCGAAUAGUUACCAGCGAAUAUCGAAGAGCAGUAUGGCUCGAAACGCCCGGCCCGUCCAAUCACAACACUGUUUUUAUGUGUGCACAGUUGGCAGCAGCAGGGUGGCUGGCUACCAUUAGUUACUAUGGUAACCAGGAUGUUCUGUCUCUGAAUCUUUUAACUCUUCACUCAGAAAAGGAGGUUCAUAUUGAUCCUGAACUCUUUCAUACAUGAGUUAUGAGCUCUUCAGAGAAGAUUUUUUGUGUUUUUAUCCCUUUUUAGGCAAAUAAAAAAAAUGAUGCAAUUGAAUUUUUUUCAGGAACCCAUUUUUCACGGAGUUACAAAAAUGGCCAGACAGCUGGACACCUGCUGUUGAGUUUUUUAAACAAUUAAAUAUGAAUCAAACAAACAAAUGCCCAAAAAUCAUAAUCUGUUAAAACUGUUUAGAGGAGCUAAUUUGAUGUCUUCUUAGAUUUUAAUAAACUCUAACACAUAUUCAAAGCAAUGCAAAAAUGUCGAAAUUAGUGCCGAACUUAUAAACUGCAGAUUUCUGAGAAAGCGACACAGUCUUCAGUAUUUCUGCUUUUUUACCACCUCUGUUCAGUCUGACUCUAACUUUAAAGAUAUGGAAAAAAACGUACAGGUCUCGAACCAGAACUGAACUAAAGCUACAACAACAAAAUCCACACAUACACUAAAGAACACCUUUUGAAUAUCUGUCCAUUGUAGUGACCAAUAUGAAUGAAAGGGUUGAAUACUUUAAUACAUAAAGGUAUAUAUACAGUACUUGGUUAAAGUUGUUAAAAGCAUCAGAUAGUAAAAAUAAUAAGAGAAAUUGAGCUGAUUUAAUCCAGCAGUUUAUUGAUGUAUUAGGAUUUGUUAAUUUCUCCUGGUUUGAUUAACCGCUGCAGAAGAAUUCACCAAACUAAAAAAACAGAGUCUCCGUGAAAGGAAAGUCCACAUCCCCAGGUGUUUUGAUCCGCUACAGGUUGAAACCAGCUCUUAAAAAGUGCUCACUGAUAACUCAAUAUAUAACAUCAAGAUUAAACUGUAAGUGACCUGUUUGUGUCCAGGAUGAGGACUCGGAGGCGGUCCUGGCUGCGGACUUUGAAAUCGGCCACUUCAUCCGUGAGCGGAUCGUUCCUCGAGCCGUGCUCUACUUCACAGGAGAGGCCAUCGAGGACGACGACGAUGAUGUGAGUGUUAAGGUCCUGCUCCAGUAAACAAGGCUGUUUGGAGGAUUCAAAUGCAAACCCUCUUUAAGUUUCUUAUCCUGCUGAGAGUCGAAGGAACUUUCUGAUAAUAAUUAAGAAAAGAAAGUUUCUUUGGCUUCUUUGUCGCUGAGAUGUUUAUCACCUGCUUUAAAGGAGGAUUCCCUGUUUUUUUUAAAGCUGUUUGAUUACCAAUUUGUCCUUGAAUCAAAUGAAUCCCGUCUCGUUUGGAGUAUUUCCUCGUUCAUCUUCAUGUUUGUGUUUUGCAGUAUGAUGAAGAGGGAGAGGAAGCCGAUGAUGAGGUAAGACUAUUAACAGCUACAGAACUCACACAACAUGCAGGAGAUCGAUGGCGACAGAUACAGAGAUAAUGGCGUUAACCCUUUCAGCUCCACGAAAGGAAAGAUGAACCAAGAAGCUACGCAGAUAAAUAAUUCAUAAUAAUCUGAAGGAGGAGCUCAAGAUGUCCUCCAAAAACGAAUGUUUGUGAAGAGUUUGUUGCUUCAUCGUGGAAAGAGGAAACUAAACAGGAUCCAAAAAUAAGGAGAACUUUGUAAUAAAACUGGACUGUGUUUUUGGAAAUCAUGGACUUCCUCGUAAGACUGAUUCUUUGCAGAAAGUCUGAGGGUUCAAACUCUCUCUGUUGUCGUCGGUCUGAAGUGUCUCUGUGCUGCGUUUGCAGGAAGGCGAGGAGGAGGCUGAUGAGGAGAACGACGCCGACUAUGAUCCCAAGGUGAGAUCACCUCUCAGAACACACACACACACACACACACACACAUUCACAGCCCCUCCCCCUCUAAAGAUCUCAGGUGUCUUAGUAAAGACCUGACUCAGCUCUUCUCUACUUUGUUGACUCAGGACGCUCUCGCUCUCUCUCUCUUUCUCUCUCUUUCUCUCUCUCUCUCUCUCUCUCUCUCUCUCUCUCUCUCUCUCUCUAAAGUAAAGCAGCUCCUCUUAAGGUCGAGUCGAACUAAACUUACAAACUUUUCUCACACUCUGAGUUUCUGAGCGGCAGGUAGAGAACAGCUGUCUUUUAAAUGAUUCGACAAGAUUUCAACAUACAGAAUACAUACUGUCAAAUGCAUCUCAUUUUACUCCAGCUUUGGUUUGCUUCAGCUUUUAUUUUAACGUCCUGAUCCUGAUCCUGAUCCUGAUCCGGCCUCCGGAGCAAAACGAAACAAAAGGCCCUGACCUGUGAUUCUGCUGCAUGUUGUUACUAAAACUUCAACCUGAACCUCCAGCCGACAUAAAACACAGAUCCUGUCAACUAAAGGCUACACCCACACUGAUAUGUUUUUGUUUCAAACCCGUAACUUCUCUAACAGUAAACUUUGUCUGCUGCUGACACUAAUAAAAUUUGGGUUUAGUCUUAAAAGGCGACACUCGUUGGUUUAUUAAGAGGCUGAAUGAGGCCCAGCGAUGGUGGUCAGCUGCUCUAACCGAACUUUAAAUCUACAUAAAAUCAGACGAAGAGAUUAAAUUUUUUGUACCGGGCUGCAGAAAAGUGUGUCCAAAUUAGGGCUGGGCGAUAUGUCCUCAAAUCAAUAUCAUGAUAUAUUGAUCAGUUCACCUUGAUAUCGAUAAAUGGACGAUAACUACUCCACAAGCUGCUCACCCCCUCCCACAUUAACUUCGUCUACUUCAGCCGCCGCUUGAGUAUCGAGAACCGGUUCCAGUUUCGACCUUUGAUUUAAAAUUCAGAGAUUUUUUAGUUAGUUAAACUCCGAACAUCAAAGUUCUCCCUGAAGUUUAGUCCUGAUGGAUUUAUGUUGAAGUUCUGAUAAAUUUGACUUAUCUGUCAGGACCUCGAUCACUUGAGACGAAAACAAAGCUUUGAGGAGAGGAGUAGGGCUGGGCGAUACGGCCUCAAAUCAUUACCAGGAUGUAUUGAUCAGUUCACCUCGAUAACGAUAAACGGACGAUAACUACUCCACAAGCUGCUCACCCCCUCCCACAUUAACUUCGUCUACAACUUUUGAACCGUCCUCCAUCUCCUCACCUGUCUUUCCCUCUUUGUUACGGGGUUUGGGGUGGAGUCACAUCUCUGACGGCGUCUUAAAGGGACAUGAGACCAUAGCCUACCUACACACAUCCAAAACCAAAUUUCUGCAGACGUCUAUAAUCCUAAUUCAGAGCAAGUCGGUUGAACUCUCGCCAUGCUCAGUGAAGUUAAAACAUGUCAGUGUGAUGCCGCUGCACGUACCGGUUCAGAGUUUCUUUUCUCAAAGUUUUUUUUUCUUCUUCUUCUUCUUCUGCCAGACUGGAGCAGCUUUGACAGUUUGACACUCCACCAUAAAAAACAAGCAUGACCUUCGCUUCUUCGCUGAAUAAAAAAGAGGGAAAAAAAAAAACGCCUUUGACAUUCUGUAUUCUGCUAGUUUUUUGCUUAUUUUUUAUUUUUAUUUUCUCCUAUUCAUUAAUGUUUCUUCAUCUCCGGUCACUUUGGCAUCUUUUGUCAGCGACUCUUUAAAUUUUUCCUCACUAGGUUUAAAUGGUGACUGUAGAAAAAUAACCCUAUCCUGGUAGGUACAGCUUGUGACUUUGUCAGCUUACUACCAUCACACCUUCACCCUCCUUUUCCUCCUCUUCUUGUUUUCCCAUCCCUCCAUCCUCCUUUCUGCACCUCCCGCCCUUCACAUCCUCAUCCUCCUCCUCCUCCUCCGCCGCCGUGCUGCACCUUUUCCCAGUUACUAACCUUCUGGUUUGUUGUUGGUUUUUGCAGUUUAACCCAUAGUGAGUUUUUUGCAUUUGCACCUGUAUUUUUUCUGUAUGUUGAAGCUAGUCCGACCUUCCCUUUUUUCUUUUUGUCUCCAUGUUAGAAAAACACAAAAACUCGGGUUAGUUUUGAUCAGAUUUGUCAGGAUAAGCAUUGAAAUCUGUGCUUUUAUUUCAUGGAUGUUUGUUUUAAAACCCAUCUGAACAUUAUUCGUCCAUGAGUUUGAUCCUCCUUCCUGUUGACAUUAGUCCUUUUGAGCCGCCUAGAUCUUCAUCUAGUGUUUUAAAUAAACCCUAAACUAAAUUUAUCCGAUCACUGAAAUAGAAUAAAAGCUGAGGAGGAGUUUGUCGAACCUCCCCUGGGUGCAGUCAUUGUCAGCAGUAACAUAUUUUUAUAGAUUUCAUUGGAAACUUCACAGGAAGUCUUUGCAGACAUUUUGGUGAGAAAUCGUGUCUCGCACAGGAAACUAUUUUUAGCCCAACUUGUCGCACGAUGACUGAAAUGAUCUUAACGCUGCUCAGUCAGUGUGCCAUCACCUCCACAAGUGUCUAAUGUCUCCUGGAAGGACGCCCCCACCCCCUCCACCCCCAGUAUGACGGGCUGCGAAUGAUCUCUGUGCUCUCCUCAUCCUUUUAUUGACUCCACUCUUUUCUUUGUUUUUGGCAGAUAAUUGGUUUUAGCACAAUAGUCUGAGGUUUCCGUUUUGUUUUCCUGUAACUGCAGCUUGAUAUUAAACACAACAAGUCAGCGAGAAAUAAAAUAAAGACGGGGCAGAAAGAGGAAGAUCUAAAAAGUCUGGGUUUUCCCCGGUUUGGAUGAAUUGAUUUGACAUUUUGGGAAAUACACUUGACUGAUUCGCUGCACAGAGUUGGACCAUGAGAUCAGUACCAAUCAUGAUUUAGUGUGUAAUCUGAUGAUUACGAAAGGAUUAGGGCCACAAGAAGAGAGAAAAUAAUAACAGGAGAGAGACUUUUUAAAUUUACAUUUCGAGAUUAAAGUCGAAACUUCAAAAAGUCAAAAUGAAAAAAUAGAAGUUUUGAGAUAAAAGUCCUUAAAGUUUGUCUGUUUUUUUGUUUUCUUCUGUAGAGUCGUCAUCUUUGACAGUCUUUUCAGAGUCCGAAUAGUUAUGACCACACUCUGUUUGUGCGCUAAAAGAGCAAGGAUUUCCCUGUUCCUAAAUCCAAUUCUAAAGUAUUUACAAACUCGAAAUUUCAGCAUUAUUUACGUCAUUUUGCAAUCUCUAAAUUUCCACUUGAUUCAUGUCGGCGUUAAUCUUAAAAUUUUACAUUUUUAAAUCUCUUUGACUUUGACUUUGACAUUAUUCACCACAUUUUGUAAUCUUAAAAUAAAGACUUUAAUCUCAAAAUUUAAAUUCUUAAUCUCGAAAUUUUCACUUUAUUGAGAUAAUUUUGUUUUUCUUUUUGUUUCAUAAUUUAGACUCAUCUCUAAAUUUAAAAUUUUAAUCUAGACAUUUUGACUUUAACCCCAAAAUUCUUGUGGAUCCUCUUUCGUAGAUGAUGGAGUCGGACGCUGCUUUCCUUUACGAAAACAAAGAUUGUUGGAAAACAUGCAGCAGUUUCUUAGCAGAUGUUUAAGUUUAUCACCAAAUAAGGGAAAAGGUGUCAAAGGGAUGCUGUCACUCGUUGAAGCAGAGCGCCAUCUUCAGGGUAAAAUAGUGUAACACAGAAAAACACCUGCAUGUUAAAGAGGUGCAUCAGUUGGCUCGCUUUUUAGAUGAUGAAUACUUCACACAAAUUUUGUUUUAUGGCGUGUAUCAAAGCGUAUGGUGGUGUUGCUAACAGCUUAAUACUUAUCCAGUAUUUUUCUGACAUUAUGCAGGAUUAAUUUAGUCCUGAAGAAGGUUCGCUUACCGCCCCAAAUCAUCCUCUGUUUGCUCUUUUAUUCUGCAAAUUUGUACCUAAGCUCUGCCAUCACACCUCUGUACCUUGAGCUGUGUAUUCGGGCUUUUACAUCUUAUUUGACAGAGCAGGACAUCAGAGGUGAUAGUUGGAAAAAGGAGGCUGUAGGCUGGAAUCCAAACCUGGACCAGCUUUUGUGCACUGGGCCUGCAACUUAACCACGAGGCCAAACUACCGCUCUACGCUUUUGGACUUUUAUGCUGAUUCUGCUGCAGAUUUAACAUUACGGCGUUGUAGAAGCGCAAGAGGUGUUUGGAUCCACCUGCCACAAAAACUUCUGCAGCUACGUCUCGAAGGAGUAAUAGAGGUGUAAACAUUGAGCACUUCUAAAUUAUGGGAAUUAGAUUUUUUAGGAAAGCACUAAAAGUCGCAGCCAAACUCUUUUUAAUCCUAGACUCUGCAGAUUUAUUCCAACGAUCAGUUUGAAGCAAGCGGAUUUCCCAAAAUGUCAGAACCGUAAAAGUUGAGGAAACAGAAAAAGGUCUACUGUGCGAACACACUCCUGUAAUCAUCACCUCGAUGAGGAUGCAAACAUGACAUCCCACAGUUGUCGUAGUUUGAUCCGAGUGCGUCACACCCCCCGCACUCACAUCUGUGAACGAUGUCGCUCGUGUUCAAAGUCGUCUGAGAACUUUUCAGAUGUGUAGAUUCUGUCGCAGCUUUGUACAUGUUGCUUCUGGUCUCGUCUGCGUGUCUCCGGUCUAAUGGAAAACCCCCCCAUCCUCCCCGUCCUCCUCUGUGGUCUCUUGCAGAAGGAUGCAGCCCCCCCAGCUGAGUGUAAGCAGCAGUGAAGCCUGGCCCGGCUGCCUUGAGGAUCAACUGCACUGUAACGGCUUCAAAAAUUACAACAACAACAAAAAGGAAAAAAAAAAACCAGAUUAAAAAAAUAGUUACUUACCGCCUUAUAAUGUUUUGUAUUUUUCUUGGUAGAGAAUUUGAAGAAAAAAAAGAAAAAGUUUCAAGAUUUUUGUUACAAAAACUCAUGGUAAUAUACUGGGAGCUGUGUCGCUCAAUAUACAUAGUAUUUUACUAGACCUGUUUUUUCCUUCUCUUCUCCUUCUCUGUACAAUAACUAGAUAGAAUACAGGAAAAAAAACUCCCUCAAACAAACAGCAUGAACUUGUUUCUUCACUGCUAAAAACACAAAAAAAAAACUAGUUUGGGUUCUUGUGAAGUCUUUUGUUGUAUUUGCUCUUAGACAACAGCUGUGGUUUAGACUGCAUCGUGUCAAUUGACAAUAAUCCCUCCCCUCUUCUCUCCCUCUUCUUCCUCCUACCAAAGCUCCGGGUUGAUCUGCUGGUUGUUUUUCACUCUUAGCAGGGCCUCUAGCACUUGUAAAAGCACUGUAGCAUUUCCAGGUCGAGUGACGGAGGAGAGACAGACGUGCGACCCGCAGCCGGUCGUCUAUUCCACUAUCUAAUCUUGCUGAGCACAGGAGACGGAGUUGGCGUGUUUUCGGCCACUUCUGCAGCACUUGUGCUCAGAUCCUUUCCACUCUUGAUACAUUCCAGUAAAGCAGACUGGCUGGCACCGUCAGUAUCGAUCCACUUCUCUAUAACUGGACGUUUUUAAAUUGACAGAAAAAGGAUUUGUCGCUCCCAGAGUCUCUUAACAUUCCAGUGGAUUCCUAACACGUGGAAACAAGCGGGACGGCAUCACGAUAACCUAGUGCUUCAGGCUCCUCGUAGGCUCGCAGUGGCGUUUCUGUCGUCUUUUAUAGCACUUUGUACUAGCGUGUGGUGUACCAGUGGCGUCCUUAGCUGUCUGAGUAUUCCUUGUGAGCAGCACUUCUGUUUCAGUGCUGUAACCGCGCUCUGUGGAGAGUCCAACCUGUGCCCGCUGGUUUUUACCAGAAGGGGGCGCACUUGGGCUGUUCAGAGAGGCUCCGGGCAGAUGUAGCACAGCAAAGACGAGGAAAGACGUAAAAACCCCCCUUUUUUCUGAUCAGUUUACCUCUCGUGUCAUCAAUGUGACUCACACGGACCCCUGAGGUCUCGCUCAUUAUUAAUCACUGUGAAAGAAAGAGAGGGGAUGUGUGAUAAGGCCGUCAUGGCGGCCAAUGACCCACCACCCUCCCUGAAACCCCAAACCUCCCCCUCCUCUGUUACCCAGAAGGCCACAGAGAAGCAUGUCAGAGCAAUACUUAACGCCAGGAGGGGGACCGAGAAGAAACCGUAGCCUGCCCUCCUCCUCCUCCCACCACCCUGUCCAUCCUUCAAUGCCUUUUCGUUUUAAGUCGUGCAAACAGCCACGCGCUGGCUGUCCACAGUGGAGAGCAGGGUACUUCUCAUUCUGCAGGGAGUAUUCACACAUCAUGUUUAUUGGAGAAAAAAAAAGAAAC